GACAGGCAGCGGGCCCGCGCCACGUCCGCAGCUAGCGGACGGCCGCUACCCCGCCAGAUCUGGCGGAAGCGGGGCUCGCACGCUACGGUCGCGGAAGCCUUAUCGGGUGCCGCUGCAGGUGAUUCGUCCGGUAAAUGUUACUUGAGGGAGCUUUUCCGUAUACCAGUGCGGGUAGCCUAAUGUCGGAGUACACAGUAUUUUGUUGUACUCUGCGUGAUCAUAUUGUCCUACUAACCAUUGCUCUUUCCAAAUCAAUCACUGCGUUCGGCAGGCUGGAGCUGGAAUGCUGUGAGAGAAAAAUACUGUUGGUCUGGCUGGAGCUGAAGUUGGUGGCUAGAGUGGUGUGAGAGGAAAUUACUGUAGCACUAGAGGAAAGUAGACCAGCCGAACACAGUGAAUGUGUUCACACUGCAUAAGAGCUUUGUUCUCAUAGAAACGGUGAUGGGGAAUAUAUCAAUUCAUUUAGGAUUUCAACCAAAACUAUCUCUAAAAAGAUUAAAAUCAACGUCGGACAUAGUACUAUUAUCUGAUCUUGAUGGUCGGGAACUUCGACUUGAUUUUUUUUUACUUAGGACGGGAAUUAAAACCAAGUGAAUAUGUACAACAAUAAAAGAUCCGGAUUUAUUCAAGGUCAAAAACUAAUUGCAAUUAUAAUAGGUACAAAGAGAUCGGAAUUAAUUCCACAACUCUAGACUCAUGGAUUGAUUUCAUGUCUUUUAAUGUAGGUAUUAUAAGCCUAUUUUUAUUGCAAUUAGUUUUUGACCCGGAAUGAAUUCUGAUCUCUUGUUAUAUCUUUUAUUGUUUCUAUUAUUUCCGACCCGGAAUAAAUCUAUAUCUAAGCGAACAAUCCCUUAGGAUUUCAACCAAAACUAUCUCUAAAUAGAUUAAAAUCAACGUCGGCAUAGUAUGAUCAUAGAUGGUCGGGAACUUCGACUUGUUUUUUUUUAACUUAGGACGGGAAUUAAAACCAAGUGAAUAUGUAGUGCGCAAGGAAUAAAUUUGAGUUUUAACCAAACCAAUGCUUGUUCAUCCGUCAAAUGCUGCAAAAUAACAUGUUCCUUAUUUAACAUGCACUGCCGUCUGAUUUCAAUAGUAUCAAAGAUUCAAAGCUCUAUUUUCCCCCAUGAAGCACAUUAUAGACGCAGAUUUUCAUGCAAAAGAAAUAUACUUCCAGAUUUUGAACUAAAAUGGAAAAGAAAAGGCUGUUUUAGGUUUCGGCUUUCGCAAGUAAAGGGCUGAUGCCAGACUCGACGACCAAACGAAGAACAGCCCGAGUCUCAUCAGUUUCACCAAUCACGCCAGACAGUGCACCAGCCGCCCACCAAACUCGGCAGACUUUGCUCUUCCCUCCCCCGCCGUCCGCGUCUCCGCCCUUCCCGGCCGAGCGAGAUCCCUCCCUCCCCCGCCGCGCAGAGGCAGAGAGCGCCACCCCAGAAAUUUCCCCUCUCCCCCACCCAUGCAACCCGCCGCGGCGGCCGCGCCCUCCGCCCUGCCGUCCAGCGUCUUCCCCAAGGACCCCCGCCCGCUCCCCUGCCUCCUCCUCGCUUCCCUCCUCCUGCUCCUGCUCCUGCACCUCCUCUCCUCCCCCGCUGCCUUGCCGCCGCCGCCGCCGCCCCGCCUCGCGCCGCUCCCGAUCACCGCCGCGGCCGUCGCCUCCGCCGGCCCGGCCCCGCCCGCGCUCGCGUUCCUCCUCGCGGGAUCCGCGGGCGACGCCGACCGCCUCCUGCGGCUGCUGCUCGCCACCUACCACCCCCGCAACACUUACCUCCUCCUGCUCGACCGCGCCGCCUCGGACGCCGACCGCGCGCGGCUCGCACGGAAUGCGCGGGCCGCCCCCGGCCGCGACAACGUCCACGUCGUCGGGGACCCCGGCUUCGCCAACCCGCGCGGCUCGUCCGCGCUCGCCGCCACGCUGCACGGCGCCGCGCUGCUGCUGAGGGUCGGCCACGGAUGGGACUGGUUCGUGCACCUCGACGCCGCGGACUACCCGCUCGUCACCCCCGAUGACCUCCUGCAUGUUUUGUCAUACUUACCAAAGGAUCUCAACUUCAUUCAGCAUAGCAGCUACAUUGGUUGGAAGGAGGCAAGACAAAUAAGGCCAAUUAUUGUUGAUCCUGGUCUAUAUCUUUCAUCCAGGAAUGACAUAUUUUAUGCCACCCAAAAGCGUGAUCUACCAAAUGCAUAUAAACUAUUUACAGGCUCUUCUUCUGUUAUCCUCUCUCGGAAAUUUGUUCAAUAUUGUAUCGUCGGUAUGGAUAAUCUGCCAAGAACUCUGCUGAUGUACUACACUAACAUGCCCCUACCACACAGGAAGUAUUUCCAGACAGUUCUUUGCAACUCCCCUGAAUUUAACAGGACUGUAGUUAACCAUGACCUGCACUAUUCAACUUGGGACGCAUCUUCCAAGAAUGAGCCCCGACUACUCACUAUGGCUGAUGUAGAAAAUAUGACCAAAAGUGGUGCAGCCUUUGGGACUAGAUUUCCAAAGGAUGAUCCUGUUCUCGAUCACAUCGAUGCGCAAAUUUUACAGCGCCUACCUGGAGAGUACGUUGCAGGAGGGUGGUGUGUAGGUGUUGGGCAUGACAGUCCAUGCGAUGUUCCAGGCAACCUAGAUGUGCUUAGACCUGGACCUGCAGCUGCAAAACUUGCGAAGUUCCUUGCUGCAAGACUGUCAUAUAGGAGCUUUUAUUCCCAACAAUGUAUAUGGGAUUGAUGAUUGUUAUUUACAAAGAACUUUCAGGUACGUGUUUGCCAUAUGUUUUUUCAA